AUGACUGACAUCCGGGCGUAUCUCGACAAAAAUACUCUUCCUGAGGAUCGCGCAGAAGCUGAGAAGCUCGUGCGCAUCUCCAAGCGGUACGUGCUCGUAGAAGAGACCCUCUACCGGCGUGCCACCAACGGGAUACUCUUGAAGUGUAUUUCUCGGGAGCAAGGCGUCGAGCUCAUAGCCGACGCUCAUCAGGCGGCACGAGGCGGGUAUCAGCACCUGUACGUCGCCAUCGACAAAUUCACCAAGUGCCCCGAGGCUUACCCGGUCAUCAAAAUCGACAAGCAUUCCGCCCUCAAGUUCAUCAGGGGCAUCACGUCCCGGUUCGGGGUGCCAAACCGUAUCAUUACGGAUAACGGCACCCAGUUCACCAGUGAGCUGUUCGGCGACUAUUGCAAUGACAUGGGUAUCAAAUUGUGCUUCGCCUCGCCCACCCACCCCAAGAGCAACGGCCAAGUCGAGCGAGCCAACGCCAAAAUACUCAAAGGCCUCAAGACCAAGACAUACAAUGUCCUGAAGAAACACGGGGGUUCGUGGCUCGAGGAAUUGCCCGCCGUGUUGUGGGCGAUUCGGACCACUCCAAGUCGCGCCACAGGGGAAACACCCUUUUUCCUGGUGUAUGGCGCCGAGGCGGUCCUACCUUCGGAGCUUUCCCUGGGCUCGCCUCGCGUCACGCUGUACGAUGAGGCCAACCAGGAUGAUCUUCGCCGCGACGACCUCGACUAUCUUGAAGAGCGGAGAAGGCGUGCGGCCCUACACGCAGCGCGCUAUCAGCAAAGCCUGCGGCACUACCAUCAACGCCAUGUCUGGGCCCGGUCACUACAAGUCGGCGACCUCGUCCAACGCCGCGUGCAGUCGCGCUUGGGGCUGAGCAAGCUUUCACCAAUGGGGGAAGGACCAUAA